ACCAGAAGUGCGGAUUUUAUAUUAACGUUAAUUCACCAGUAAAAAAAAAAUACUUCAAAACAGAGGAUUCUGCUACGCGAGUCUCAUGCUAAACUCAGUGAAGAUGGACGUCAGCGUCUCCGUGUCGUUCUUUCAAGACGAGCUCGCCUCUACCAUCGAGCACGCAGUGAAAGCGGCUGUAGACACCGUCUUGUGCCAAAUCACAAAAGUUGUCGGCGGCAAAUUCACUGAAUUCCGAAUGGAAAUGGCUGGAAAGGAGAAAGAGAAUGAAAGUCUGAAGCUGAGAUUGGAAAUAUCAGAGAGCGAGUUGAAAGCAGUGCGGGAAUGCAUGAACGCUGCAGAUGCAGACAUUAAACAACCUCUCAGAAACAUGAACCCCGACUGCAAUGAACAAGACUUUCAGAGGAACGAGAACCAGGGAUUAUUUCAAGAUCCCACAGAGAGCCAUGUUAUGCCUAAAUCUGAAGCACAGGGGCCAAGGAUAGAAGCUCUUUACCCACAAGAGGAGUCCUUUGACCAGGAGUGGUGUGCAAGUCUAAAGCAGGUUACAGAGCUGACAUGUGUUAAAUAUGAAGAGGUCCCUCGACUGGAAUGUGUUCCUAUUAAAGAGGAAUUCACAGAACAGGAAUGUGUCCCCAUCGCAGAGGAAGUUCCUACUGAAAAUAAUGUCUGUACACUUGAGGAAAACAACAAGCUAGGAUCUCCUAAAACUGACAAGAUAAAUCACACAGGAGGGGCUUCAUUUCACUGUUAUGAUUGUGGGAAGAAUUUCAGUUGUUUAUCACAUCUGAAAACACACGAGCGUGUUCACACAGGAGAGAAACCUCAUCACUGCACUCAGUGUGGGAAGAGAUUCACACAGUUGGGACAUCUUCAAUCACACCAGCGCAUUCACACAGGAGAGAAACCUUAUCAUUGCAAUUACUGUGAGAAGAGCUUCAGUGAAUUAGGAAGUCUUAAAAAACACCAACGAAUUCACACAGGAGAGAAGCCAUACCACUGUAAUUACUGUGUGAAGAGUUUCACUCAGUUGCCACAUUUAAAAGCACACCAGCGCAUUCACACAGGAGAGAAACCUUAUCACUGCAAAGAAUGUGAGAAGUGCUUCAUUGAAUCAGGAAGUCUUAAAAAACACCAACGAAUUCACACAGGAGAGAAGCCAUACCACUGUAAUGAAUGUGAGAAGAAUUUCAGUCAGUUACAAAAUCUCAGAAAACACCUCCAAAUUCACACAGCAGUGAAACCCUGAAUGCUGAAUGCUGGGAAAGGUUUCAUCUGGUGGAGCACAUUAAAAACCAGAACAUCUGUCACUGAAGAGUAAUGUGAUUUAAAAAUCAUUUCUGACAAACCUCUCAUACAUACAUACAUUAUAUAUAUAUAUAUA